UAGCCAGCAAGGUAGAAAGUAGUAUAUAUGCGCAGCCUGACCGACGCCCGUGCGGUUACUCAUCUGUGUCGUGUUUCUGCUCGGCUUCUAAUCCUUCGCAUCAUGCGAGUCUCACAACUUGUUGCUGCCUCUGCAAUCUUCAGUCUUGCUUUAGCGCAGUUUGAUGUCAACAAGCGAGAGAAUCUCGAGGCGCUCGGGAUUGAACGCGGCGAUGAAGUCUUCGGCAGCGAGCUUGUCUUCAAGGAUUUAGAGCCAGCAGUACUUGUGGAGGCAUUCCAAGGAGCAGACAAGAACGAAACACUGUCGCAAUUGCAAGAUCGCAGCGUGGGACUGUUUGAACGUCAGCAGUGUCAAGCUGGGUACGGCUAUUGCUCUGCGUUUGGAAGAUGCUGUCCCAGCAGCGGCAGGUGCUGCUCCUAUGGCUACUGUCUCGAGCCUGACAAGACAUGCUGUCCAAACGGCCCCUGCGGAGCUGGGGAGACCUGUUGUGAGAACAGGUGCAUUCCUGUCGGCACUCAGUGCUGCAGAGGUGGCAGAUACUGCGAGGCUGGAAAUAUGUGUGUCCUUGUUGAGGGGAGAGGUAUACCUGUAUGCUGCACCGACUUGCAAUGCACGGCGGUGGUGACCGGCGGUACAACUUCUUUUGCAAGGACGACUACGCAAGCUCCUCCGGCACCAUCGAUCACGGAGCCGCCGCGCACGACGCAAGUCAUUGUCGAUAGCUUCACAACAUACUACUGGACAGUGAGAUGGAGGUACUUCAGCUACUACUGGACUAUCUUCCAGGCUCGAAGCACAGUGACGUAUACGACUAUCACCUACACGACCAUCUAUACAACCACUGCAACCGACGAUGGAGAUGCUUCAGCCAUAUUUGCGGAGCUGAGCAGGACUAUAACCUUCUCAACGCCUGCAGAAGCGACAACUCUUGCCAGCCUGCUGGAUGCGGCGCCGAGUCCAACUGCAACCCCAACAAAAGCUGUUGAGACUGAAUUGGGGAGCUCAAAAGCAGCUGAGCCUACAUCCCAAGAGAUUUCCUUAGACUCACCUGGAGACAACGAGACUUCAUCGAGCUCUGCUGUGACCCCGUCGUCGUCGAAUACGCGCACCUCGUCAAGAGCAACGUCAAGUUCCAGUACAUCAUCUACGGUUGGAGGAGGGUCAAGUGCCGCGGGAUCGGUUGCUGUACAGAUGGGUGUUGUUGUUCUAGUAGCUUUUGGUGGAGUCCUGAUGGUUUGGCUUUAGGGUAAUCCAAGAACCGAGCGAGUCGCAUGAUAGUCGUCCAGUCAAUUUGAUGUUGUGGACCUCGUUCGUUUACGAAGUGGUAGCAAUAUUGGCCAAGCUGAUGCAUACUACUCUAGGCUAAGAGAAGACAAGUGCAUGUGGAGAUAUGGAUAUUACCCGGAUCUUUCGCCAUUUCUGUGCAUCCGGGUAUCCGACUCGAUUGUGUGCACACCACUACUGCAC